AUGAUCUCGAAACCAUUCAGCCAUCUAUUAGCCAUUGUCUCCCUACUUUCCAUCUCAGGUCAUGUUUCAGCCCAGUCCCUCGGGUUCGACAGCCGUGAAGCGACUAUAGCGAACGUCCACCAUGCUCUAUUUACCGGACUAUCAUCCUGCCGCGAUGUCGUCUCGUCCUUCUUGACGCGAAUCGAGACGUACAAUUCCAAAAUCAACGCCAUCAUCGCCCUGAACCCAUCCGCUCUGGAGACCGCAGAUGCACUGGACGAAGCUCUAGCCCAGGGCAACAGCACCGGCCCACUCUUCUGCAUCCCCAUCCUCCUCAAGGACAACUUCGACUUCGCCGGCCUACCAACGACGGGCGGCAACCUCGCGCUCGCGUCCCUCCAGCCCGCUUCGGACGCGCCCACGGUAGCCGCGCUGCAGCGCGCGGGCGCCAUCGUCCUGGGCAAGGCCAACCUGCACGAGCUGGCGCUCGAGGGGCUGUCGGUCAGCUCGCUGGGCGGGCAGACGGUCAACCCGUACGACACGACGCGCACCCCCGGCGGGUCGUCGGGCGGCAGCGGCGCGGCCGUGGCGGCGUCGUUCGCCGUGCUCGCCACGGGCACCGACACGGUCAACUCGCUGCGCAGCCCGGCCAGCGCCAACAACCUGUUCAGCAUCCGCCCGACGCGCGGGUUGUUGAGCCGUGCGGGCGUCAUGCCUAUAUCGUACACGCAGGAUGCCGUCGGCGUCAUCGCGCGCAGCGUCGAGGACGUGGCGGCCGGGCUGACGGCCAUGGCGGGCGUGGGCUACGACGUCGAGGGGGAUAACGCGACGGCGUUGAUUCCUGAGGCGAGCGUGGGUGUAGAUUAUGCUGCUGAGCUUGCUGCUGCGUCGACGACUCUGGAGGGUGUGCGGUUUGGGUUGCUGGAGCCCUUCUUCAACCGGACGGCGAGCCCGGAGAACGACCCCGUCAACGAAGCCAUGGACGCGGUGGUCGAGGAGCUGGAGGCCGCGGGUGCGACCAUCGUCCGGAUAAACGAUACGGCUCUCUUCAACGUGACGGAAAUCAUGAAGCUCGACACCCAGCGCUUCGAGUACCGCGAGUUCAUGGAGGCCUACCUACAAAACCCUAGCCACACCACCUCCUCCGACAACGCCACCUUCCCCCACACCCUCGCCGGCAUCUACGCCACGAACGACAGCUCCACCACCGGAAGUGGCACCGGCAACGGCUCCUUCCUCGUCAUCCCCGCGCAAUACGAAUACGUGACAACCGCACUCGCAUCCAGCACAGGCAACGCGACCUACGCCACCGUCCAGUCGGGCGUGCGCAACCUCACCCUCGCCCUGGCCGCGACCUUCUCGGCGCACCGCGUCUCCGCCCUGCUCUACCCGGAGCAGCGCAACCUCGUCGUCAAGCUCGGCUCCGCCUCGCAGGCCGGCCGCAACGGCAUCCUCGCCGCCCUCACCGGCAGCCCCGUCGUCACCGUGCCCGUCGGCUUCAGCGGGGAGACGGACGAAGCGCCGGUCGGCGUGCCGAUCGGGAUGGAGGUGCUGGGUAGGCCGUGGGAUGAGAGGGCGUUGUUGGCGCUGGGGAAGGGCGUCGCGACGGCGUUGGGGCCGAGGGCGCGCAGGAAGUCGCCCGAGUGGGCGAGGGAAUUUGUCGAGGCGAAGGCGUAUGAGAGUGUGCCGGUUGUGCAGCCGGAUAGGGGAAGUAUUCCGGCGGCGUAUCCGGUGGGGGUUUUGUGA